GAGCCUUUACGACAGAGAAGAGUGGCAGUUGAUUUAUCCAAAAAAAACGGCCCUCAGGUAGUGACGUCUCAGUCUCUACAGCGGGCGGGAUUUUCGCAGUAGUAAGUUAACUAAUAACAUGGCGAAGACUUACGAUUACUUGUUUAAACUACUUUUAAUCGGCGAUUCAGGCGUCGGAAAGACCUGCCUGCUGUUGCGGUUUUCAGAAGAUGCCUUCAACUCAGGGGUUAUCUGCACUAUCGGUGUUGAUUUCAAGAUCAGAACAAUAGAAUUAGAUGGAAAGAAGAUCAAGCUACAGAUAUGGGAUACAGCAGGACAAGAGAGGUUCAGGACCAUCACGACAGCCUACUACAGAGGAGCCAUGGGCAUAAUGUUAGUUUAUGACAUUUCCAAUGAGAAGUCCUUUGACAACAUCAAGAACUGGAAACGGAAUAUUGAAGAGCAUGCAUCAGCAGAUGUGGAAACGGUGCUCCUUGGGAACAGAUGUGACGUCAAUGACAAGCGUCAGGUGUCCAAAGAGAAAGGAGAGAAGCUGGCGCUCGAGUACGGCAUCAAGUUCAUGGAGACCAGUGCAAAGGCCAACAUCAACGUCGAGAAUGCCUUCUUAACCCUCGCCAGAGACAUUAAAGCAAAAAUGGACAAGAAGCUGGAGGGCAACAACCCGCAAGGCAGCAAUCAGGGAGUAAAGAUUACAGAACAACCCAAGAAGACCAAUUUCUUCCGCUGCACGCUGCUGUGAGGAGACCAAAGCGUCGGCAUCCACCGUCGCCUUAACUGUGUCCCGCGCUGGACGGAACUGGACAGAGCACUUUUUUUUUCUCAGCCUAUUGUUUUUCUUUUAGCCAGAAAAAAAUUGCUUUUUAUCUUGAAUUGGUGGUCUGGACUAUUAUUCUCUUGACAUUUAGAAAAUGCAAGCUAUUAAUAUUAAUUAUUGAUUAGGAUUCAAGAGAUAAAACAAUAGUGUCGAUGCAAAUGCAGAGGCACAGCGGAGGCAGGGAAGGCCCCGCAGCAAUGAUGACGUCAUUGUUUUAUGCAUCCAUGCUUCUUCCUGUCGUCAGUUCCAACGGGGGAGCACGUAUACAACGGUUGUCUGGGCCUUGGAUUGGGGCUGUGCUGUAGCACUAUUUAUGGAGUGACACAAAACACACACACUCUGACAUUUCUAACACAAAAAAACUACAUUAAAAAACACAAAAUUUUUCACUUACUUACUACUUAAAAUACUAUGAAUUGAUCAUCGUUCCGAAUAUUU